AUGGAGGAGCAAAUUCCGCUGAAUCUGUGAGUCCUCCAUCCAUCUGGCAUUCCUGUUCCUUCACUGCUGGGUUUGCCACAUUUCCCUGAAUAUGCUAAAACGGGUAAUCGUCACACUGUCCCCAGAAGAAUCAUCUGGUGAAGUCUAACUUUCCUGCUUUCAAAUUUCCCCAUCAUUCGACUAUUUGUUAGGAAACAAAAACGCACCGAGUAGAGUAAUAAUUUCAUUGUGCAUUAUUUUUUCAGCAUUACACAUGCUGGAUUAAAUCAUACCCUCCAGUUUCAUUGGAGAAUAAAGCAAGAAAUAACUUUGAUGCAAGUGCUAAAUAUAUGAUACCCAUUACAGGAUGCGUAUGGACUGAUUUCCUCAUAAAAUUGAGAUCUCCUAUAAAAUUACCCUGCUCUGGGAUAUUUCAGAAAUGAAAACUUGUAAUUGAUUGUUCUGUGGUCUUAUUUUUUUUUCGUUGGAUGAUAUAUUACAGUCUAUUAUUGUAAGAAGAUUUUGAGGAUUUCAUCUUUUUGAAUUUUCACCCAAGACUAUGUUGGGGUGACCUUAUGAGCACUCACACAUUACUAUGUUGCAAAUUAUGUAGUUCAUUGGGAGACGAUACUAAUAUGAUCCUCUUGCCUGGGACCAAAAAGAAGAAGAGAAAAGUUGUUAGCAAGGUAUCAGAGAAGAGAAGAAAUAUUCUUUGGCUACUAUUUCAACAAUAUCAUUCAUUAUGGUUCCCUAACAGUAGCGCUCUUUGUAACCCUCUUUUUAUUAUUGAACCUUCCUGAAAUGAGAUAUGUCCAUUGUGCAUCAGGAAGGUUCUGUGAGACCUAAGCCAGACAUAAGUAAAAGUGAAGACAGAAAAUUGAAGCAGCUGCAGGUUUGUAUUUUUUUUAUGGCUACUGUGAUUAAUGUAACCACGAAUUCGUUCUAUUUAUUCCUCCUUUUGGACUUGUUUCCAGGAAAAGAAAAAGAGAAUGGCCUUGGAAUCUGAAAGCAUCAAGCUACUAAAGUAUGAUUAUUUCUGUUGGUCUUGAUUUAGCCAUGCAUGUUGUCUUAGGGUGUGGUGACUAAGUAUAUGACUAGUUUUCAGCAUGCAUGCUGCUUUUAGUAUGUAUCAAUCGUAGCUUUUUUAUACUUUUUAUGUUUAUAAUAUUUCCUUUGAUGGUCUUAUUAAUUGAUCAUAUAUUUUUCCUCAGGAAGCACGAGAUAUGCGACAAUGCAUAUGCUCUUUUAUAUUCAUCAGGUACCAUUGGUCAGGUAUGUAGCUUCAACAGAUUUAUUGAAUGAUGUAUGAAAAAAUUCUUCUAAAACUUUCUUUCCACUUAUGCUUCUUAGGUUGAGUCCAGAAAGAAAAGAUGUUUAAGAGCUGCGAAUUUCUCUAAAGCGGGUUUGAAGGUGUCUGAGGACCUUAAGUCUUCUAAGAACGCUUGCAAGCCGGUGACAGAUUGUGAGAGUGAAUAUUCCAUGGAACAUUUCCCAAAGCAGAAGUUCUUGGAGAAAUCAUCUGCUGAUAUUCGCUUGCAACAGAAGGAAAGUACUCACGUUUUAGAUAAUGAUGGAAACAUGACGUGUAAAAGCUUUCAAGAUCGGAGAUCACCUAUAUUACCACCUACUCCAGAGGUUGACAACAAUGAUACUGGGACUGUAGAUACACAAAGGAACGGUCCUAUUCUUCCCUCAUGCAACAGAAGACCAAAAUUUGCUGAUUCUCAGGUUCAUUCUUACUCUUGUUUUGGUGUCCAGUUAUUCAGUUCAUGAAUACUUAUGCAUUUAUCCAAUUCACCCGCAAAAGGACUGGUUUGGCCGACGCUCCAGGUUAGCUACGUCCAUAACCAAGCUAGACACAGAUGCCAACCAUACUGUCAUACCCAUGUGAAACAAUUCAAACACGAAUUAUGCAUUCAUACUUUUUAUGAUGCACAUCUCCAUAAAUUACAGCUUCUUGGGCUUUUCAUCUUUCAAUUAUGACAAAAGGAUGUAGUCUAAUCGGUGGCUAAUGAUCUGGGGUGAAAAGUCUUGUUUUUGAUGCAUAGUUUCCUGAAUUUCACGUUGGGGCAAGGGCAGGUCUCAACUUCUAGUGUGUGGCCAUUUAGCGAUCCAGGCAGUCCGUCUUUCAUAUGUUCUCUACUUGGGUAUCCGAGGUUCAUGGACUUUGAGCAUGGACAUGUUGAGAUGAUGAUGAUAAGCAUUUAAUUAUCAUUCUUGUACUAGUUAUUAGAGAAGAAUCAAUUUUAUGUUGAUAAAAUUGCAUGGAACUUUGACAAUUUACUUUCUUCCCUUUGUGCUUAACAUUGAUAUGCCCAAUAGCUGACAUAAUCACUGCGUUUCUUAUAUUUGUGAAGUGUCUUGAAAAAGUUGGCUCAGAUGUCAAUCAUGUGAAGACUGUUGUUCACCCAGACCUUUCUUUCAACAAAACUGUUGAGGCUCCAAGUGUUGUUCACGUGUUAAGGUCCAGCAGUAUUGAGGAGGAAAGGAGAGGCCUGCCCAUCGUAAUGAUGGAGCAGGAGAUAAUGGAAGCUAUAAAUGGAAAUUCUAUUGUUAUCAUCUGUGGGGAAACAGGAUGUGGGAAAACAACUCAAGUUCCACAGGUAUUCUCAAACCACUGACUUUUUGUGCCCUUUUCUCGUAUGUCAAUACAUGGUCAUGCUAAUCUUGCGUUCCUACUUUCUGUUUUUGGUUCAAACAUAAACAAGCAGUUCCUUUAUGAAUCUGGGUAUGGAUCAAGAGGCAGUAGUAACCGAAAGGGAAAAAUAGGCAUUACUCUUCCCCGGCGUGUUGCUGUGCUUGCUACUGCGAAAAGAGUUUCUCAUGAACUUAAUCUUCCUCUUGGGAAAGAUGUUGGGUAUCAAGUAAGGCAUGAGAAAAAGAUAGGAGAGAACUGCUCUAUCAAGUUUAUGACAGAUGGAAUUUUACUGCGCGAAUUGCAGGUUUUUCAUUUUUCCCUUUUAAAUAAUUAGAGAAAGAAUGUAAGGAAAGUAUGCAUUGUGAUCAUCCUAAGUUUUGAUCUCUAUUGUUUGAAAGAGCUGUUUAUUCUUUGUGGCGUCAGACAAUCAUGCUAAUCAUCUACUGGAUUAUUUUCUAAGAUUGGCAGUUGAACAACUUUUUUCCAACCUGGUUAAAACUUUGAUAUGUUUCCCAAUUUGUAUUUAUACUUUUUAUCCUGCGUUGAAUAAAAUAUUAGAGCAUUCUUCAAAUUUAUUGUCUCACAUGAAUACUGGUGCGCUCUGCUAAUCUCCACAGUCUGCGUGAACUAUGACCUGCAGUGUGAUAGUUUCUCAUGUAUAAUAUUCAAGCAAAAGUCUUAAAUUGUCUCUUUUGUCUGAAUUGCUAAUUUACACAGGGAUACAGUUUUGUUAUUUGUGUCAUUAUUUAAUGCAUGUUUUACGAUUUUCUUCUGUCAAUCAAAAAGCUAUUGAAAAUUUGACAGAUGUGUUCAUAAGCUCUAUCUAGUUUUUCUCUCUUUAAGGCGAAGUGUUUCACAGAUAUAUAUGGUUUGUAGGAUGUUUAUUUGGUCAAAGUAUUUUUUGUGUUAAAUGUUUGAUAUAUUAUUAUUUUUUAUAUGUGAACAUCAAAUUCCAAACUUUAUCUUUUUGAUGUGCUUCCUUUUUUGCAUCUACAUUGUUCUUCCAGUGCCCACUAAAUUCGCUUUGGUCCUUAGCACUUCUAGGCGAUCAUCCUAUUUAAUUCCAUUUUGAGCCACUUGGUAUUUUGUCAUUUAAUUUUAUAAGCUUGUUAGUCUGGGGGCUCUACAUAGGGGCUUCUAUUUAUUCUGAUAACCUCGUAUUCAAUGCAUGAGCUUGUAUAAAAGGACUGAGUGGCGUCCUAUCAGGAUGCUCCAGUAGCUUGUGUUCAAUUUCACUGUGACCCCUGUUCAUGAGUCUUUAUGGGUACGUGUCUGUUUGACGUCUGCUGUAAUUUUUUAAUAUUAUUUCGAGAACUUGCUAGGAAAUUAAAUUGCCGCACAACAUGAUAUACUGGCAUCUCUUAAGUUGCUUGCCAUCUGCUUGAAACUCGGGAUGUAGCAACUAAACAGGAAGUAAAUAAUAAAUGUUAUUUUAUUUGACAAUAUAUUUCCGAUAACAUUAAUGGAUUUGAACUAAGAGAGAAUGUUUCUAGUCCUUUUAAUGCCUACUUUCUGCUUAAAUUCUUUUAUUCUAUAUAGCAUUCUCAAGCUGAUGGCUAUCGUCAUUUUUCUGUUAGCAUUCCAUGAAAAUGAUUGCCCUUUUCCACUCAUUUUCAAUUAAUUGCGUUAAUUCACAUCAUGCAGAGUGAUUUAUUAUUGAGGCAAUACUCCAUCAUCAUUCUAGAUGAGGCUCAUGAGAGAAGUUUGAACACGGAUAUCCUUAUUGGAAUGCUUUCUCGAGUUGUAUGGCUGCGUCAAGUAAGAAUUUUCUUGUAAAAGUUUCAAUUUCCCACAAAAAUUAUUGCCUCAUAACUUUUUUUGUGUAUGCUGUAUGCGUUGGAUGCAGAAAUUAUUUAUGGAGCAGCAAGAGAAGAUGCACAAAGGGUUAGAAACAAGCUCUGAAAAUGUCACAACUCAAUUGAAGCUUGUUCUCAUGAGUGCUACACUGCGUGUUGAAGACUUCAUUUCAGAUGGAAGAUUAUUUCAUGACCCACCGGUUGUUCUAGAGGUUCCAACAAGGCAAUUCCCUGUGACCAUUCACUUCUCAAAAAAGGGGGAUUAUGGGGAUUAUAUUAGACUUGCUUCAAAGAAGGUGAUGCAGAUUCAUCGGACUCUUCCGGUUGGUGGAAUACUUGUCUUUGUGACUGGGAAGAGCGAAGCUGAAUACUUGUGCCAAAAGCUACGCAAAGAAUCACAAGGAUUACACAAAACAAGCAACACGGACAUUAGGGCGAAUAAUGGUAUCACUGAAAUCCUUGAGGAGAAUGAGGAAGGGAUUACUGAUGGAUUUAGAAUCGGUGGAAACUCACAUGACUUAAUGCUUGAUGAGUUUAUCUCUCAAAAUGAGGAAGAUGAUGACUAUUCUUGUUCUUCGGAGUCUGAUGAAGAAGAAGUUAUAGAGGAAUCCAACUCUGUAUUGGAUUUGCUUAGUGAGCCCCGGAGUCUUGCAUCACUCAAGGCUCAUUUCGAGGCCAUUGCGGAUGGGGGAAGCAAUCUAAGGUCUGAGGAUAAUUGUGAUAGGGAAUCGGCUGCAAAAUCUCGUGACAUGUAUAGUGGUCUAUAUGUUUUGCCUCUUUAUGCAAUGCUACCAGCUGAUGAGCAACUUCGUGUCUUUAAAGAUGCGCCCGAAGGUCAGAGGCUUGUAGUGGUUGCUACCAAUGUGGCUGAGACCUCUUUAACCAUUCCAGGUAUAAAGUAUGUUGUUGACACAGGCAGAGAAAAGGUGAAGAAUUAUAACUACCGGAAUGGAAUGGCAGCAUAUGAAGUUAAGUGGAUAAGUAAAGCAUCUGCAGCUCAACGAGCUGGAAGAGCUGGUAGGACAGGGCCUGGACACUGUUACCGCUUGUAUUCAUCUGCAAUUUUUAGUAAUGUUUUUGCUGAUUUCUCCUCUCCUGAAAUUACCAAAGUACCCGUCGCCGGUGUUGUUCUCCUCAUGAAGUCUAUGGGUAUUAAUAAGGUAAUUAAGGAUGUUUAUUUUUUUUGUUGUGCUUUGUUUUCUGCAGACACUUUUCACUUUUUCUCCUUAACACAUAAUUUCAUGUUUUCCAGGUUGCGAAUUUUCCUUUCCCAACUCCACCUCUGCCUACUGCUCUUUCAGAAGCUGAUCGUUGCCUAAAAGCUCUGGAGGCACUUGAUAGUGAAGGAUGUCUGACACAUGUUGGAAGGGCGAUGUCACGGUAUCCAAUGAGUCCCCGUCAUUCUCGCAUGCUUUUAUCAUUCGUACGAAUUAUGAGACUGCAACAAGGUUACUCUAGAGCUAACUUGGUCUUUGGGUAUGCAAUUGCUGCUGCAGCUGCAUUAAGCUUUCACAAUCCUUUUAUUAUUCCCUCUGAGGGUAAUAAUAAUGAAGAUACAAUUGAGUUGGAUAGAGAUAGAGAGAGAGAUGGCAAGAAACAAAGGCUGGGAAAACCAGAAGCAGCAGGCAAACAGAACCAUGCUAGAUUUAGAAAUCAUAACAGUGAUGCACUGAGUGUAUCAUAUUUGUUACAGUUGCAUGAUAUAGCAGGAACAAAAGUGAAAAAGGUGGAAUUCUGUAGGAAGAACAUGUUGCAUUUCAAAACUAUGGAUGAAAUGUCUAAGUUGAGAAAGCAAUUACUCGAGUUGAUUUUCCAUCUGGGUGGUUCUGAUGAGGAAUUUUCAUGGUGUUAUGGAAGCGCAGAGGAUGUGGAAUCUGCUUGGUAUGCUCCAGGCAACCAACCCCUUCUUAUGAAGGAGGAAGAACUCGUGGGGCAAGCUAUAUGCGCUGGAUGGGCAGACAUGGUGGCAAAACGUAUCCAUGCAUAUCCAAAGUCUUCCGAUAAGGACUAUAAAGUCAGAGCCGCUAGAUAUCAGUCCUGUGCCCUGGGAGAAACUGUUUUUCUUCACCCUGGUUCUUCUGUUUCUCAUACUCCACCAGAAUUUUUAGUGUACACUGAGCUGCUCUGUACCAAGAGACCAUAUCUGCACGGUGUAACUGCAGUGAAGCCAGAGUGGCUCGUCAAGUAUGCUAGUGCCCUUUGCAACUUCUCUGCACCUCUUUUGGAACCAAGGCCUUGCUAUGAUUCUCUGAAAGACCAGGUCUUGUGCUGGGUCAGCCCAAUUUUCGGUCCGCAUCUUUGGCAGCUUCCUUUGCAUGGUAUACCAGCAGAAAAUGAAAUGGUUCGUAUUUCCAUCUUUGCAUGUGCCUUGUUGGAGGGAGGAGUGUUGCCCUGCUUGAGAUCUAUCCAGAGAUAUCUUGUUGCUUCACCGACGAUCAUCUUGAGGCCUGAGUCCAUGGGUCAGAGCAGGGUCUUCAAUUUGCUUAAGAAGAUGAAGCUGGGGAAUGUGAUAAUCGACAGGCGGGCGAUCUUAUGUGAGGUCUGGAGGAAGAAUCCUCAAUUGCUUCGGUCUGAAAUUCAUUGCUGGUUUAAAGAGGAGUUUCAGCACCUAUUUGAUGAACUUUGGGGAAAAAUGCACGAGGAGGCUCAAUUGGAGGGCGAGCAGCUUUUUAUGGCAAAGGGCAAGAAGAAGCAUAAAGGAAAACGCAAACUGUCAAAGAACAAAAUCAACUGUUCAAUUUGA